UUUUACCUUAAGAAAUAAUUGCAUCUGGUUUAGAUCCUGAAGUUGAUUGUGAAUCAUGAGUUGUGUAGUGAUCUAAUGGAGAAUUGGAGGAUGCUGCUAAUUUCAAACCAUUGAGAAUUGACAAUAGCAAAUCACGUAGCAACGCUGCAAUGUUAUUUGUCAAAUGUCUUUCUAAAAUUCAAAUUGCUGUUUCAGAAGGAUAUUCAGGUUUUAGCAACAACUGUAAAUCAUGGAUUUGAAUCAAAGUCAUCGACGAGACAAUCGAUCUGGUGAAGAAAAGGAUGAGUCUAAUGACAGGCAGAAUCAAGAAUGUCUUGAAUCUCAACACCCUUCAAAAAGACCGGAAUCGAGUCAUAAAAAUUCUUCUAGACCAAACUCAAGAGCAGCAUCGACAGGUCAGCAAUUGAGGUCCCAAUCUAGUCCUCAAAUCAUCAAGUCAUGGAAUAGCAUUAAUCCCUUCAUCAAUUUCAUGUCUGAUUUUCGUAAGACGCGUCAAAAUGGGGAGAAAGGUUCAACUCUUAUGCGGCUGGGUGGAGAAGAAUGGCGACGUAUGACGUCGGAUCAAAAGCAGCCGUACAUGGAUGCAGCAAACCGAAAUAAGAAAUUAGAUAAUAAUCGUCCAGCCCAAAGGUCUAGGCGAAAACGCCCAGGGCACAAUAGCGCGGAUCAAGAACAACCAAGAACAAGCACCGACAAGGAUAAUGUCCCUAACAAAAGUGGUUCUACACGAAAAAUGAGAAGCCCGACAAAACGCAAGAGGAGUCAACAAAAGAACGAACGACAGUAUAAGAAAACUCGUCCUAAGAGUGACAGUGAAUCAGAUACAGGUACAUCUGUAUCAAUACACACUGCUACAACAGAAUGUGCUUCUGAAGAUCCAGACUCAAGUUCUUAGAAACCGAUAAAACUUGAUAAAAAUCGAGCCUUGAAACUUCAAGAUACAGAAGACACUUGCAGAGGAGCUGUUGCUGUUUGUUGGAACUUACUUGUUCAAAAUUCUAUUUGUGUUUCACACAGUUGUUUAUAUAUUAUAUUUGAAUUGCGUUGCAUGAUUCAAUAAUAGCUUUGUUUUAGUUUUUUGGCAUCAUUAUUAAUUAUUAUAUAAGCUUUUUUCUCAUGCAAUUCAUAGCGAACUCACCAUCAGUAGUACGACUGAAUGGCAUGCCGUAAUUUUCUAGCUCGAUCACAGCUUUAGGAGCUUCUCGGGUCAUGUAAUGAAUAGCAUCCUGGUCACCCAACCAAUCUGAGCCUUUAACUGUGUCAUACAUAUGCCAUUGCCAGU